UCACCACUGGAAGGGUCAUCCCGAAGCACACCCCCCUGGUGAUGUGAUCUUGGUACAGUCCAAAGAGUUCCAGGUUGAGGAGCCGAGGGGAUCUUUGUUUGCAGGAGUCAUUCUGGAGUUUGAUGUGCCUCAGAGCAGGGACAGACCUCAGCCAGAUAACUCAAGGAAGGGGAGAUACAUUUCUAACCUGUGGCAGGAAGGAAGAGGAGAGGAACUGACACACAGGAGUGUUCCGAACAAAGCAGAAAGAUAUGUCUUCAUCAGUGCAACUCUUCAGAGAUCAGAAGUACCACGAGCUGAAAGGGCAGUGUAUCCAGCAGAGACGGCUCUUUGAAGAUCCUGAGUUUCCAGCCUCAGAUGAGUCCCUUUUCUAUCAAACAGCACCAUCAAGGAAAGUUGAAUGGAAGCGCCCAAAGGACCUCUGUGAAGAUCCCCACCUCUUUGUGAAUGGAAUCAGCUCCCACGACUUACACCAAGGCACCCUGGGGAACUGCUGGUUUGUGGCUGCGUGCUCCUGCUUGGCUCUGAGGGAGACCCUCUGGCAGCAGGUGAUUCCAGACUUUAAUGAACAAGAAUGGGACGCUAAAAACCCAGAGAAAUAUGCUGGGAUUUUCCGUUUCCGUUUCUGGUGCUUUGGAGAAUGGACAGAAGUGGUUGUUGAUGAUCUGCUGCCAACAGUGGAUGGGAAGUUGAUCUACUGCCAUUCCAAUGUGAAAAAUGAAUUCUGGAGUGCAUUGUUGGAGAAAGCUUAUGCAAAGCUGGCUGGAUCUUACGAAGCCCUAGAUGGAGGCAGCGCUGCAGAUGCAAUUGUGGACUUCACCGGAGCAGUGGCAGAAUCUAUUGAUUUGGUACAGGGCAAAUAUGGUGAGAUUAUUUCUGAGCAGAUGAAGCUGUUUGAAGACUUGCUGAAAGUGCAUAAAAGAGGCGGGUUGAUCAGCUGUUACAUUGCGGCUUCCUCUGGCAGUACCAAUGAAGCAGAGACAGAGAUGGGUCUUGUCAUCGGCCAUGCCUAUGCAGUGACUGCAAUUCGGAAGCUGCGUCUUGGAGAAAGGCUCGUGUUCUCUUUUAAGGCAGAAAAGCUGUUCAUGAUCAGGCUGAGGAAUCCCUGGGGAAAAAGAGAGUGGAACGGCCCCUGGAGCGACAAUUCUGAGGAGUGGAAGAAAGUCAACAAUUCAGAACGUAAGAGCUUGGGACUCACUCUUGAGAAUGAUGGAGAGUUCUGGAUGACGUUUGAGGACUGGUGUAAGAAUUUCACUGAUGUGGACAUCUGCCGGAUUGUGAAUACCUCCUACUUCAGUAUCCACAAGACCUGGGAGAAGAAAAUGAUGCAUGGGGCUUGGGCAAAGAAUUCAGAGCCCCUGCUAAAUCGCGCUGGUGGAUGCUUUGAUAACAGAGAGACCUUCCUGCAGAAUCCCCAGUAUGUCUUUGAUGUUAAGAAGACUGAGGACAAAGUGUUGGUCUCAUUACAACAGGAGGAUCGCCGCAAAUACAAGAAAGAAGGGAAAGGAGACAGCAUCCCAAUUGGCUUUGAAAUACUCAAGGUGGAGGAUAACAGAAGCUGUCGACUACACAAGCUGACUGUGCAGGAGAGAGUAGCCACAUCUCCAUACAUCAACACACGCACUGUAUUCUUGAAGAGGAUCCUUAAGCAAGGCCGUUACAUCCUUAUCCCAACUACAUAUCAUCCUGGCAUCAUUACAAAGUUUAUCCUGAGACUCUUCACAGAUGUGCCAUCAAAACUCAGGGAACUGAAGGCAGAUAAGCCUAAAAUGACAUGUUGGAGUCUUCUUUGUGGCUAUCCACGCAGAGUCACCCAAAUCAAAAUUCACUCUGCAGAGGGUUUACAGAAGCAAGACAGAUCAGGCGGAGCAGAUCCCUAUGUGCUUAUCAAGUGUGAGAACCAAAACAUACGCUCCUCUGUGCAACACGAUACGACCAGUGCCAUCUUCGACACACAAGUGAUUUUCUACAGAAAGAACAUUGACAGUCCUAUCAUUGUCCAGGUCUGGAACAGCAACGUCUUGUGUGACCAGUUCCUCGGACAGGCAGUGCUGGCAGCUUUACCCAGUGACCCCAGAGAAGAGCAGACUCUGCAGCUCCGAGGGAGAGGCAGCCGAGAAGCAGCCGAGGUGCCAGGUCACAUCACCGUCAAGGUUUUUUCCAGCGAUGACCUCGUGGAGCUAUGAAUACCAAAGCCCCGCAGAGCCAGACAGAGCUGUCACCUCACAGCAGGGGGGCUUGUCUGUGCUUUCUGUGUGAAUGACUUGGGAGCAAAGGUUGCACAUAAUCAUAAUCGCUUUAAAAAGAAAAAGCCCUCUAACUCUUCACAUUAUCAUGGAUAAUGGGGAGAGAGGCUUUUAAAGAGGGAAAAAAUACAUAUUUAUACAUAUAUAUGUUCAUGAUACAGCAAAUACAGUAGAAGAGACACCAAACUACAUGUUAGCAGAUAAGCUUGUGAAGAUGUGACCAUCUUCGCCUGCAGCAUCUUUCAGGAGCUCUCGGCACCUAAGCGGGAAGCACACGUGAUCGUUCUCACAGGUUCUUAGCGCAUCGUCAUCUGUUCUCAGCAGUGGGGCUGGAUGCAGGCAGGGAUGGCUGCAUCGCCAUGGUCACGUACCAGCAGGUUGGUGGGGUGGAUUCGCACCACUAAGUCCUUGUUCACUGCCAGGCUGUAUUUGGCAGGGGAAUUUUUUUAAGCUCUGAUUUGAAGUUUUUUCCCCCAUAUAGGCAUAUAAAUUUCGUGAUUAAUUUCAUUGUUAUUGCUACAGAUCAGGUAUUUCUGUUCCUUGGUGAAAAUGGCAUUACUCAAGGAGUUCAGUCAUAGCCUUAAGACCAGGCAUGCCAGGGCAACAUUAAAAUAGAAGGGCAGCUCUUGCAGUGCCUGUUUGAACACCAGAGCAAAUAAGAGCUUUACCCACAUACAGGCUCUCAGAUUGACUUUCUUAUUCUUCUAUUUUCCACCUCAAGCUGAUGACUCAAAAGUUGAUAUCUCUGGCCAAGAGAAGGGCACUCACAAUUCAGAUGUGCUUAGAGGACAAAUUCAGUAAUGGGAGCCUCCUUGCUAAGGAGGCUUUGUUUAAUCUACAUGAUGCUAAUAAUGGAGUAACACUCCCUUUGCUUCAUUAGAUGUGAUGGGUAGCACCAGGCCGAAAGACGACAAAAUAAGCUCAUGACAAGGAUGGGUUUGUAAAACAAAGAUGCUGCAGAUUUCACUCUUGAAAUUUUGCACCAGUUUCUUGCUGACAGAGCUGACAUCUUUGAUGAAGUUUAAUUUGGGUAUAAUGGAGGACAGGUAUCGUUUCACAUUUCCUGCAAAGCACAGUUCCGGUACAAACUUUCUUUUGCAUAUAGCCCGAUGGCAGGGUUUCCUCGCAGCAGACAUUUCUGCGUUGUCAAGCUGUGCCGAUUCUGGCAGUGUAAGAGGCUCACGGUGUUAGACCUCUGGGAAAUGGGUUUUACGUGGUUGCAAAUUCUGGUCUUGAAAGUGAAGCUAAAGGAUGACUAUUCUGCCUUUCGUACAGCCAGGUACCUUGUAACCACUUCAGCCAUUUUGUGCAAUUUUUAUAAAUAUUGAAAUGGCCCUCAGUAGAGUUAAUGUUUUCACAAAAGGUUUUGAAAUCUCCUCAAGGCUCCAAAAGGAUCAUUGCUGUGGUAGGAAAUGCUUUCUCUGACAUGCUGGAGAUGGAAUGUAAGGCUAUGUGUGAUAUUAUACUGCCAUCAGCUUAGUUGCCUGUACCAAGUACCUAAAUGCAGCUCUCUUUAAAUAGCUUGGGCUCAAGCCAUUUUGCACGCAGAGCAUUUGUCAGAUGUGAACUACACGCGGUUGACAGCCCCACAGGCAAGUGUAAUCCUUCUCUGUAAACUCAUAGCUUCAGAAUUGCUUACUCUUGGAUAUGUUUGUAAACUGCAUUUUUUUUUUUUAACAAAGCAUGAAUUUUUUCAUACAGACCAGAGCUCGGGCAAGCCACACAGGGAACUGCAACUCGGUCUGGGCUGUCCCAGCCCUGCACGAAGACCCGUUUGCCUCGCCUUUCCUCACACGUUGUUUUAUGCCGUGGUAGCUGCUUCUUGGCAGCGUGGCAGGAGGGGUGACUGCAGCCCGUUGGCAGACCUUCACCAUUGGGUGGAGAGCACCAUCCUGGCUGAAGCCCUGCACUGCAAUUCAUAGGGCAGCAAGGCGUGCAGGAGAGCACAGUGAGGCACAGCAGAAUAGGUCACGUCGUAUAACCCACUUUUCUCCAGGGGCUGUUCCGUAUGAGAUGGGUGCAGUAAGGAGGGGUUGGCUUGGUCGGCUGAUUGAUUUGGGUUCGUGUUUAGCCUGAAGAAUGUUCCCCUGGGAGACAACACCCAGCAUGGCCAGGCUCCUUUCCCUUCUCCUGCAGCCGGCAGGAGACCAGAGGCUUAUGCCUCCCUGCUCUGAGAGCUUGCCUGAGCUCAUCAAGGGCACAAAGCCGUCUCGCCUCCUGGCCGCAGGGGGGGUCCCUUGGCUGCUCCUUUGAGCCCUGCAGCCCUGUCCUCCAUCUCCCAGCUCCGCCACCCCAUUUCAGCAUGUGUGUAAGGGUCGUCCCCAGAGGGGCAGAGGGAGCUUGACCAGCAAUUCUUUGUUGUGUACGGCCUGACAAGGAGAGAAGUCAGGGUGGAGUGGAUAAAGGUGAUGAUUUUUAGGCCUUAAUAUGAGCUCAAGCCAUUCCCACUGUUUGUUCCCAUGAUAUGAGGACAGGGGCCCCUGAACACGAGUGCUGGCCAGGCUGGAAAUGGAGCGCUCUUGCUGUCUCAGCAUUGCCCUGAGGGUAUCGCAGUACAGUGCUGGUACCUGUGGGAGGCUCAGGCAUGCUGAGACCAAGCAGCAUGUCUGUACCUCUGCAUUUAUUAAUUUUUGGAAGCAGUUGGAGGGGGAAGUAUUGGCCCAUCAGCAGGAGCUGAUCCAACCUGGGAACGCGACUGGCUGUGCUGAUUUACAGGGGCUCCUGGCUUCUCCUCCCACCCAGGCACGUGGGAGAUGGCAGUGGUCCCAGGUGAAGCCAAGGCAAGAGCAGGUUGAACUGGGUGUGCAGAGCUGCCUGCUCCCUGCGAGAGAGCCCAGGCCGGGCAGGGGACGGUGCCCAGUGUUCUGCGGGCACUUCCUCCUGUGGCACAUCUUCCCAUGCACUGAAAGCACCCCACCUCCAUGGGACUUUGGCUUAUGGGGGGUAAAUCUGAUACAUUUGAGAUAAGAGGCUUGCCUUUUCAAACAGAUGCAGGAAUUUAAGAUCAACUAUUACCAGAGGCGACUGGUAUUUUGUAACAAUUAAUGGUAACUUGUGGGAAAACAAAAGUUUUUUGUUUGGUUGGUUUUUUUUAAUGGGGGGAAUUGCAUUUAUGUAUGCAGUUGGGCCACCUUCAACAGAGAAUUUUGGCCCCCAAA